CUCUGGGACGUGCAGCUUUAAAAUGAGAAAGGAGAGCAGGUUGAUCCGGUGGAUCUGGUGGAUUGUGGUUGUGAUCGCUUUGUUCUUGUGGGCUGGGCUGGGCUUCAUCGUAGGCAGGUUUACGAAGCCCACACAUGCAAACACUGCAAACAGCGCUUCCAGCAAGUAUCUGAGGGACUUUCUGGAUGAAAUGCAGCCAGACCAGAUCAGGGAGCAUCUAAGGAAAUUUACACGACUCCCCCACCUGGCGGGUACAGAGCAGAACCUGAGAUAUGCAGAGCAAAUCAAAGAAGAGUGGCUGGAGUUUGGUCUGGACUCAGUGGAGAUGGUUCCCUAUGACGUCCUGCUGUCCUACCCCAACAAAUCACGGCCCAAUUACGUCUCGAUAGUUGAUCAGGUUGGCAAUGAGGUUUUUAGCACUUCCUUGGCUGAGCCAGUUCCUGAGGGUUAUGAAGAUGUUUCUAACAUUGUGCCUCCAUACAGUGCCUUCUCUGCAAAGGGACAACCUAAGGGGGAUUUAGUGUACGUGAACUACGGUCGCACAGAAGACUUCCUCCAGUUAGAGCGGGAGAUGGGCAUCAGUGUUAGUGGGAAGAUUGUCAUUGUCAGAUAUGGGAAAAUAUUCAGAGGCAAUAAGGUGAAGAACGCCAUGUUAGCCGGAGCGAAGGGGAUCAUCAUGUUCUCAGACCCAGCAGAUUACUGCGCUGCUGGAGUCCAGCCCUACCCUGACGGCUGGAACCUGCCCGGUGGAGGAGCUCAGAGAGGAAAUGUCCUCAACCUGAAUGGAGCAGGAGACCCACUCACACCAGGCUACCCCGCCAAAGAAUACACCUACAGAUUCAUCCCCAAGGAUGGAGUGGGACUUCCCAAGAUUCCUGUGCAUCCAAUCGGCUACCAUGAUGCAAUUCACCUGCUAAAGAACAUGGGAGGGCAGAUUCCACCCAACAACUGGAAAGGAGCUCUGAACGUCUCCUACAGGCUUGGUCCAGGCUUCAAGGAUGAGUUCAAGAGCCAGAAGGUGCGUAUGAACAUCCACACUGACAACCAGGUGACCAGGAUCUACAACGUCAUUGGCAGAAUUAGAGGAGCUCUGGAGCCAGACAGGUACGUGAUUCUGGGAGGGCACCGGGAUGCCUGGGUGUUUGGAGGAAUUGAUCCCAUGUCCGGUGCUGCAGUCGUCCAUGAAACCGUCAGAAGCGCUGGCAGGCUGCUCAGGAAAGGCUGGAGGCCUAGGAGGACUAUAAUAUUUGCCAGCUGGGAUGCAGAGGAGUUUGGACUGCUGGGAUCCACUGAAUGGGCAGAGGAUAAUGCCAAGCUGCUGCAGGAGAGGGCUGUGGCUUACAUCAAUGCAGACUCUGCCAUUGAGGGCAUGUACACGCUGAGGGUUGACUGCACUCCGUCUCUACACACUUUGGUGUACGACCUCACCAAGCAGAUAACCAGUCCAGAGGAGGGAGAGGAGGGAGUUUCUCUGUACGAGAGCUGGCAUAAGAGGGACAACUGGACAAAUGACCGUGAUGCACCCAGGAUCAGUAAACUCGGGUCAGGCAGCGAUUUUGAGGCCUAUUUUAUCCGUUUGGGAAUUGCUUCAGGCAGAGCCAGAUACACCAAGAACAAGAGAACAGAGCGGUACAGCAGCUAUCCAGUCUAUCACAGUGUGUAUGAGACCUUCGAGAUAGUAGAGAAGUUUUACGACCCUUCCUUCAAGAGGCUUCAUGCAGUGGCCCAGGUGAGAGGGGGCCUUAUCUACCUACUGGCUGACUCCCAGCUCCUCCCGCUUGAUGUCAACCAGUAUGCAGACUCGCUGAGGAAAUAUGCACAGAGCAUCGCACAGCUGGCACAGAAGCACCCAGAGGAGAUGGAGGCGUAUGGGGUGUCGUUUGAUUCUUUGUUUUCUGCUGUGGAGAACUUUACAGUUGCAGCCAGGGGCUUCCAUGAGCGCCUGCAGACUCUCAACAGAGCAGAUCCUCUGCAGGUACGUGUCGUGAAUGAUCAGCUCAUGUAUCUGGAGAGAGCCUUCAUAGACCCCCUGGGCUUACCUGGCAGACCCUUCUACAGGCAUGUGAUUUUUGCUCCCAGCAGCCAUAAUAAAUAUGCAGGAGAGUCUUUUCCUGGGAUCUACGAUGCAUUGUUUGACAUCAAGAACUCGGCUGACCCAGAAAAGUCCUGGGAGGAAGUCAAGCGUCAAAUCAGCAUCGCAGCAUUCACUGUUCAUGCUGCCGCCAUGACGCUAACACCACCCGCAUGAAGCAAGCUCUAAAGCCAUGCCAUGGCGCUAUCUAUUGACAAUUACAACAGCAGAAGGUGAAGGGAGGAAAUACACCACCUGCAGCAUGGACAGAAAUGUACCAUCCCUGUUUUCAGAGCCAGCCACGUUUCAGGAAGGUCCAGAGCUCAGUAUUACAGUGACUCU